CUCUCGGGUUCGCAGUCGCCGGCUGAGGUCAGAGGAGGCGGGCAGCGCGUCCGAGCCGAGCGCCUGCGCGAGCCGGGAGACCCGGGGAUCCGGAGCCCGAGACGCCGCCUGGGCCCAGCGCCGCCAGCCCGGCAUGGAGGGCGAGUGCCGGGUGCUGUCCAUCCAGAGCCACGUCGUCCGCGGCUACGUGGGCAACCGGGCAGCCACGUUCCCGCUGCAGGUUUUGGGAUUUGAGAUCGAUGCAGUGAACUCUGUCCAGUUUUCAAACCACACAGGCUACGCCCACUGGAAGGGCCAAGUGCUGAAUUCACAGGAGCUCCAUGAACUGUACGAAGGUCUCAAGCUGAACAGUGUGAAUAAGUAUGACUACGUGCUCACGGGCUACACGAGAGACAAGUCCUUCCUGGCUAUGGUGGUGGACAUCGUGCAGGAGCUGAAGCAGCAGAAUUCCCGGCUCGUGUAUGUGUGUGAUCCUGUGAUGGGUGACAAGUGGGACGGCGAAGGCUCCAUGUAUGUUCCCCAGGACCUGCUGCCUGUGUACAGGGAGAAAGUGGUGCCUGUUGCCGACAUCAUUACCCCCAACCAGUUUGAGGCUGAGUUGUUGAGUGGCAGAAAGAUCCACAGCCAGGAAGAAGCGCUCGAGGUGAUGGACAUGUUGCACUGCAUGGGUCCCGACACGGUGGUCAUCACCAGCUCUGACCUGCCCUCCCCACAGGGCAGCGACUACCUGAUUGCACUGGGCAGCCAGAGGAUGAAGAGGCCUGAUGGCUCCACGGUGACCCAACGCAUCCGGAUGGACAUGCGCAAGGUAGACGCGGUCUUCGUGGGCACUGGAGACCUCUUUGCUGCCAUGCUCUUGGCGUGGACACACAAACACCCAGACAAUCUCAAGGUGGCCUGUGAGAAAACCGUGUCUGCCAUGUAUCAUGUGCUGCAGAGGACCAUCCGGUGUGCACAAGCCCAGGCUGGGGAAGGACGGAAGCCCAGCCCAGCCCAGCUGGAGCUGAGGAUGGUCCAGAGCAAGAAGGACAUAGAGGACCCAGAGAUCGUCGUGCAGGCCACGGUGCUGUGAGGGCCACACACUCCCACCCCUGACGCACAGCACGCUGGUGUCUCUGUUUUCGUCCCUGUGAAAAGCUGUAACGUCUGCCUUAGAGCCAUGAUCGAAACUUGACAUUUUGUUCUUUCAUGAGUGUCGGGUAUCGGCCGAUCUCAAUCGUGAAAAUGUGCCAUUGUGCUUUUUAAAGUCACAAAGCCGUCACAGAAAUGUGUUAUUCGAAAGCCAGGUGCCCUCCCCCUGAGGCUCCAGGUCUCCUGACCGCCCCCACAUCCGCCUGCUCAGGGGUGUCCUGUGUGGGUACAUGGCGAGUGGGUGGGGGAACAGGUCCUGUUGCCUGUGGACUCUCCAUUGGACCGCUGGCCGCCAUUGCCCCCAGAUCCCUGACCCUGUGUGGGUUGGGCCUGCAGCAGCAUUGUAUCUCUGAGGUUGGGUCGGGUCUUAAUGUUGGCAUCUGGCAGAAUUAUGCCAGAUAUCUUCGUGGCCAUUCUGGUCUAACCCUCUGUUCCUUUCAUUAGUUUCUGUAUCUUACUUUGCUGCUCUUUGGGUCUCCGGGGAUGCCGGAUUUUAGAUGACUGUUGAACUGUGGGAAGGUUUCUUAGCCUUGUGCUUCCCCAUGCUUGGUGUGCACACAAGCGUGUAGUCACUGUGACGGGGACCUUUCCAGGGCCCAGAAAGUUCCAGGGCUUCUACAAGCCUCUUGGGUGUCAGCAGGCCCUCUUGUAACUUGGGAACAACUACUGAGAAUCUGACCAGAUGGGGGCGCUGCUGGGCCCAGGACAGCUUGGAAACUUCAGAGAAGGUUGCUGCAUUGGGCUCCUGGGUGGAACCCAGCCCACAGACAGACAGGGACAGAGGGGCAGGGGUGCUGCCUGUUUCCCAGUGGCAUAUUGGUUCUGUAUUCAGUGCCCACCACUCGCUGAGGGGCAAGAGGGCCUUGGUGAAGCCAGCUAGCUCCAUCCCGCCCUCCCUGCCCCCAGAAGUUGUACUUCUAUAGGGAGCUCUUGGUACUAUGGGGCAGGGCAGUCCUCAGGCCCCUGCAGUAGAUUGUGGCAUGUCCACUGCUCAGGGGUGACCUCUGUGUCUCCACUGUGUCUCCACUGUGCUUAAUAGUUUGGGGUCCCUAAAGCAUGUCUGUGACUGGGAUGGCCCAUCUUUGACCUUGAUCCCAGAACCUGCUUCAAUUUCUCUGUACCUCAGGUCAAUGUAGAUUUACCUCUCCUGGGAACCACAGGCAGAGGAGAAAUGGAGAGACUGGAGCAGGUGGGAAGCACACUGUGGCCCCCAGGAGAGCAGGUUCUCCAGGGGUGCCUGGCUCCAAGCCCCAUACAUCUAAAUACGGUUCCAGUGUCUCCCCUUCCAGAGCAUAUUCAACCUGUUAAAACGCCCAGGACAGAGACGCUAGUCCACAUGGGAUCAGUGCUGGUCCACCUCCAUUCCCCCACCCAGCUCACAUUCUGAGCCUCUUGUUAAUCACAAGCAGGACAAAAGGCCCUGCAGGCAAAGGCACUGCCGCCAAGCCUGACAACCUGAGUCCAAUCCCCAGGGCCCACAUGAUGGAAGGAGAGAACCAGCUUCCAAAAAUUGUCCUCUGACCCCCCUCACAUGCGGCAUCUGUGUUUCUGCCACACCCCUCCCACUAAAUAAAUAAAUGUAAUUUUUAAAACUA